CACAGCAGCCAGGGCCUAGGGCUAAGUGUGAAACAGCAUCUGCUGCAGUUCAGGCAUGGGAGAGUUUCUGGAACAGUUCUUCAUUUUUGUAGGGGUGCUGGUGUGCCUGGUCUACCUGGUGAAGUGUGUGAAAUUCGCCAAAUGUAUUUUCCUGCACUUUUGGAAAGUUUUACCAAGGUCUUUCGCGCAGUCAAUGGGACAGUGGGCAGUGAUCACAGGAGCAGGAGAUGGGAUUGGGAAAGCUUACUCAUUUGAGCUGGCAAAACGUGGACUCAACAUUGUGCUUAUCAGUCGGACACUGGAAAAACUACAGGCCAUUGCCACUGAGAUUGAGCAGACUACAGGGAGUAGCGUGAAGAUUAUACAAGCAGAUUUUACCAAAGACGACAUCUAUGAGUAUAUUAAAGAAAACCUUAAAGGCUUAGAAAUUGGAAUUUUAGUCAACAAUGUCGGAAUGCUUCCAAACCUUCUCCCGAGCUAUUUCCUUAAUGCACCGGAUGAAAUCCAGAGCCUCAUCCAUUGUAACAUGACCUCAGUAAUCAAGAUGACACAGCUGAUUCUGAAACACAUGGAAUCAAGGGGGAAAGGACUCAUCUUGAACAUUUCUUCUGGAGCAGCCCUCUUUCCUUGUCCUCUAUACUCUUUGUAUUCAGCUUCCAAGGCUUUUGUGCGCACAUUUUCCAAGGCACUCCAAGCGGAAUAUAAAGCGAAAGGAAUCAUUAUACAGGUGCUGACCCCCUAUGCUAUUUCAACCUCGAUGACAAAGUAUCUAAAUCCUAACAUGAUAACCAAGACUGCCAAUGAGUUUGUUAAAGAAUCAAUGAAUUACAUUACGGCUGGAGAUGAAAACUGUGGCUGCCUUGCCCAUGAAAUCUUGGUAACUUAUAACUUCUUACUUUCUUGGAAUAAUGAGGACAGGUGUGCAGCCAGCCCCAGCAGGCUUAACUAA